CGCGACACACGUCCGUACACCCAAUUUUCGAGCUCUAUUAUCAGUUAUAUAUAUAUAUAUGUAUAUAUGGCGAGAUAUAUAUAACGGUGUUACAUAUUAGUGAAGUGUUGUUUAAGUGCGUGUGUUUAAAGGGGAGAGAAAUGCACUUAAGAUGGAUCCAGAGAACGAUAUUUACGCUUUCUAUGAUAUAAGAGGUUUCAAGCGGAAAUGUAGACCGGCGGGACCAAAUAAAUCGCAAAAAUUUCUGCAACCGCGAAUGUCACUCCUAGGGAAGCCGCUGAACUAUAAUCGCGGCACACAUCGCCGCGAUGCGCGCUACCGGCGGAUGCAAAGUCGCCUCUACAAUUUUCUGGAGAGACCGCGCGGCCUGCAUGCCAUAUUCUAUCAUGUGAUGGUAUUUCUGAUGGUGUUCACAUGUCUCGCAUUGAGCGUGUUUUCCACCAUCAAGGAAUAUGAGGAGGAUGCUGUAUAUAUAUUAUUUCGCAUGGAGAUCAUAGUUGUCAUCUGGUUUACCAUGGAGUUUGGAGCGCGCCUUUGGUCGUCCGGCUGCCGUUCGCGCUAUCAAGGCACGCUGGGACGACUAAAGUUUAUAAAGCAACCAUUUUGUAUUAUAGAUAUUAUCACCAUUUUAGCCUCAAUUGUAGUAUUAGGCAUGGGCACCUCUGGCCAGGUGUUUGCGACGAGCGCAUUGCGUGGUUUACGAUUCUUUCAGAUACUACGCAUGGUGCGCAUGGAUCGACGCGGUGGCACCUGGAAGCUGCUCGGUUCGGUUGUCUACGCACACAGACAGGAGCUCAUCACAACCAUGUAUAUUGGAUUUUUAGGUCUUAUUUUUGCAUCAUUCCUAGUUUAUAUGUGGGAGAAGGACGUCAAUGAAAAGUUUAGCAAUUUCGCCCAGGCGCUGUGGUGGGGCGUGAUAACGUUGUGCACUGUCGGCUAUGGCGAUAUGGUGCCCAUCACCUGGCAGGGCAAAUUGAUUGCCUCAUGCUGUGCCCUGUUGGGCAUAUCGUUCUUUGCGCUACCUGCGGGCAUUUUGGGUAGCGGCUUUGCGUUGAAGGUGCAGCAGCAGCAGCGCCAGAAGCACAUGAUACGGCGUCGCCAGCCGGCGGCGACGCUCAUUCAGGCCGUUUGGCGCUGCUAUGCGGCCGAUGAGCAUUCCGUAUCCGUGGCCACCUGGAAGAUACAUCAGGUGGCGCUGCCAAGUCCGCCCGCAUCUUCUGAAAACUGGGAGCGAUUAUUAAAAAACAUAACCGAAUAUAGACGGGCCUCAUCCAGCUUUAAGCACAAUACAUCCUUUGUCGCCCGCUUGCCGACAAUAAGGCGUCACAAGAGCCAGACCAUACAGGCACCCGGUCCGGAUGGCUCCACGCUGUCCAAGCCGCCCGGCUCGUCCCGUGCCUCGACCAGGUAUACGCGCACCAUACGUGAUAUUAACGCAUCUGUGGAGAAUCUCGAGGUAGUACAAAAUGGCAAAUCCAUGAAUCCGAGUUUUAGCGAAGAUUCAGUUGCUGAAACAACUUGCUUAAAAAAUAUAAAAAAUUCAGACGCUAAGUCCACGACCACGCCCACGCCCACGCCCACACAGCUGGAGAAUUGCAUACGCAGCGCCAGCCUGGGCAAUCUAGCGUCCAGCGCUGCAGAGCAGCCCAAGGCUGUGGUGGCUAGCUCCAAUAUGCUAACCAUUCCCGUCGUGCUUUACGGCUUCUUGCACGGCGACUUUUUCGGCUCGACAUUUUCGCUGCGCAAUCCGCGCAUUACGCCCACGCAGGAUCUGGAGGCGGGCCACAUAGCCGCAGAGCCCUCGAAAGCCAGCUUAAAUGACAAUCCGAACACGAACAAUCCCAGCGGCAGUCCAACGGCCAGCACAAGUCGCGGUCGCACGGGUCGUUUCUUUGCGGCUGCAUCGCAUAUUCUGGCGCCGGGCGGCGAGCGGGCACGCGGCGCAUUCAAUGUGGCAACAAGCAACCAAAACCUAACGCACAAGUCAAUCUCUCUGAUUCAUAAAUUGCCCCCAGAUGAGGAUGAGGAGCCGCGCUGCACGCAGCUAACAAAUCGGCAUAAGAUCGCCAUACGUUUCAUACGCAAGCUCAAGUAUUUUGUGGCGCGGCGCAAGUUUAAGGAGGCCUUGAAGCCAUACGAUGUCAAGGACGUUAUGGAACAGUAUGCGGCGGGUCAUGUGGAUUUACUGGGUCGCGUCAAAAUGCUGCAUUUGCGUCUAGAUCAGAUACUGGGCAAACAGGGCUCCAAGGCCAAGGAUGUCUAUGCUUCAAAAAUCAGCUUAGCCUCGCGUGUGGUUAAGGUCGAGCGACAGGUCGUGGACAUUGAGGAGAAACUCGACAUACUGAUCAAGGCCUAUAUGGAGGAUCGUGAUAGAUUCUUAGCGCUUCCGUUGCCAGCCAAUCCCAAACCCAAAAUACAUUCCAUUAGCCCUAGUCACAGUCACAGCUUGUCCCAUCAUGCACACAAUCAGAACAUGAUCGAUGUAUGGAAGCGAACGGCAACGCUGAGCGUACAUCCCGAGCUGGUGACGACGCCAAAUGGCGGAUCGGAUGCCACAGCUCUCGAUGGCAGCGAGACGGCGCUCACCUCCACGCAGACGGUGACGACCACGACGGAUGCGAUUGCCACACAAACACCCAUGCCGCAUACACAGCAUACAGCGACCAAUACAAAGUCUUCCGUGCUUAACUCAUAUCAGCUACCGCCUGAGAAGCAACAGCACAAUGAUGUAUUUAUGACUGAUUUAGAGAAUAGAACUAAAAAACGCGUUACUUUAAGCCUGCAUAGAUCCACAUCGGAGCCAUAUAGCAAACACGAGCAGCGCAUCAAUAUGCCGGAUGAGGGCGCACAAUCUUUGGAUUCCAGUGCGAAGCCAACGCCGCCAGACAGUUCAAUUAUACUCAUUGAUGAGUAUGAGGACUUCGAGGAGGAGGAUCUAAAUUGUGAGGGCGAAAUGGAGCACUUCCCAUCGUGGGAAAUCGACAGCGACAUUGGCGCCGAUGUCGAUGUCGAUGCGGAUGGUGACUGUGAUGAGUCCACUGAGGACACGGCGCUCUUACAGUGCGCCACGCGCACCGCCAUUGUUAUAACACCCAUUAGCCCAGUAAGCUCAGCACUAAAUCUACAAAGUUUAAAUGACCAAACUACAACGCUUAAUAAAUCAAAUUUGCUUCCGCCAGAUUCUGGCUAG